AUGGAGGCCUCUUAUAAACCAUUGAUGAAGCAAGUGGUGGAAGAGAUUUACAAUCCCGAUCGACCUGAUCCUGUUGAUAUUGAACACAUGUCUUCUGGGCUGACAGAUCUUCUGAAAACAGGAUUCAGCAUGUUUAUGAAGGUGAGCCGACCUCAUCCAAGCGAUCACCCUAUUCUGGUCAUCUUCAUGGUUGGUGGCAUAACAGUAUCUGAAGUCCGAAUGGUAAAGGAUCUUGUAGCCGCACACAAGCCUGGAGUAGAGGUAAUUAUUCUCUCUACAACCCUCCUGACGCCACAUAACAUUCUGGAGCUGCUUUUCGCAACAGACUGUCUCAAGCCAGACAUCGGUAUCUGAAGUUGCCAAAGCAGGCACCUGGCCCAACUUUGUGGGAAACGCACCAAACUCUUUGCCUUCUGUCUUUCAAGAACAUUCCUUUAAAACAGAGAUGCUCUGAAAUUGCCCAUAACAUGAGAAAUUUUCAGGUGGGAAAACGUGAUGAGCUCCAUGUUUGUGAAGAAAAACAUCUACCUUAGUCAUUGCUUCAAAGCCAUUUUUGAGUGAUGUCAUGCUAACCUCCCUCUCCUUGCAGAAAUGUUGCGUUUAGCUGAAAAUCCUUUAUCUCCAAGCUUAUUAGCAGCGAUGAUUGUUGCAGGGCAUUAUUGUUGUAUCAGAGCCUGUGGAGAUUCAAAGAACAUUGUAAAGCUAUGAAAGAGAGCAACCCAGGCCUUCAUUUUUAGACAAAGCUCUUCCUACAUUCUUUUGGGCACCAUGGUUCACAGAUUUUCUUUAGCAAGGUAGAUAAAAGAUACCCACUGCAAAA